AUGGCGACCGUGGAUGCUGCGGAGCUGAAAAAUAUAUUUCUGCUUUUCUCCUUUCAGUACAUCUUUCAAAUCAGCUACCGAAAGGAGGGAUCUCGCAUGUACGAAUUGAAGGCCGAGACCGAACAGGAAUGCAACAACUGGGUUCAAGCCAUUGACGCUGCGAGUUUCAGCAAAAUGGUUCUUCAGAAGGAAGAACUUGAGCAAAAACAUCUACAUCUCGUACAAAUAGUGGAAAGUGAAAAAACUGCAAAGUGGCAAUACACUCAACAAUGCGAGGAGCUCACUGUCGAAAUCAAGAAGCUCCGAGCCGAGCUCUGCACGUUGAAAAAGGAGUGGCGUCUUACCCCAAGCAGACCGAUGAUCCUCGCAAGUGACGGCACACCGGCACUUGCUACGAGCGAAGAGAGCGAGGAGAUCAAGAAGAUCAAAAAAGUGCAGAGUUUCUUCCGAGGUUGGUUGUGCCGCCGUCGAUGGAAGCAGAUUGUGGCGGAGUACAUAAGCUCGCCACACGCCGAAAACAUGAGAAAACGAAACUCGCUCGUGUUCCGCAUGGUGGAGUCCGAAGAAGAGUAUGUUGAACAACUUCAACUGCUUGUCUCCUGCUUCCUGAGACCGUUCAAAAUGGCGGCAAGUUCCCAAAAACCCCCCUGUACUCACGACGAAGUUAGCUCCAUUUUCCUGAACAGUGAAACCCUGAUGUUUCUGCAUCAAAUAUUUCUUAAGGGUCUGACAGCGCGGAUGGAAAGUUGGCCGACGCUGGUUCUUGGAUCCCUCUCUAUUAGAUUCUAG